AUGAACCUAAAUUUCACCUCCCCGAUACAACAAGCUUCUGCCCAGCGGCCGACCUCUUUCUUCAUCGAAGAUAUUCUACUGCACAAACCCAAGCCUCUAAGGGAAGCCCCUCCCGUUUCCUUUGCCAGCUCUUUGGCAUCCCGGGUCCCUCUGCUAGAGUAUGGAUACCCCAUCAUGCCAACCCCCACCAUACUGGCACCUCACCCUCACCACCCACUCCACAAGCCGGAGCAUCAUCACCCCUACUUCCUCACUUCGCCUGGUAUGCACGUGCCCGCUCUAUUCCAACACCCCCCUGAGCUCCCGGGCAAACACUGCAGGCGGCGGAAAGCCAGGACCGUCUUCUCGGACUCGCAGCUCUCAGGGCUGGAGAAACGCUUCGAGAUUCAGCGCUACCUGUCAACCCCGGAGCGGGUUGAAUUGGCGUCGGCCCUUAGCCUCUCGGAAACGCAGGUCAAAACGUGGUUUCAGAAUCGACGAAUGAAACACAAAAAGCAGCUAAGAAAGACUCGGGAUGAUCAUGGCCAGAAAAACUCAGCCACCGACGACCAGUGUCUGGAAUCCAGCGUCAGCGAAGCGGAACUAAACCAGAAAAGUUCCUCAGAGAUCAAAUCUUUAAGCAGCCAGAACGCUUUUCUCCUAGAGGAUCACGAAGAUGAUGUGGAUAUAAUUGAAGAUGAUGAUAUUUGUGCUGCUGAUCAUAUAGUGUAA